GAGAAUUCAAAGCAACACGGAACGAUUACGCUACUGCGUGACCCUCUGGGAUGAUCUCAAGCUGAUGGAGCAGGACAUGAAUCAAUGGACCAUCUGCAGUUCCAUCGCUGAACUCAGCACGAGUGUUGCUAACACCAGCGACAAGGACAUGGAGGCUCGUCUUGCCAACUUUCAGGCUGAAGUGGAGAAGAGGAAAGGGUUAUUAGAUGCUCUGCUAGAGAGAGUCGGCGAGCUCAAGGAGCACGCUAAACUGGAGGAAACGCCCCUACAAAUGCAGGUGCUGGAGUCCGAUCUGAGGAAGAAGUUAGUCCAUGUUCAGGAGGUGUUGGACCAGACCAAACACACUCUGAGCCGCUUCACAUUCCAGAAGCAGCGUCUGGAGGAUCUCAUGUCCCAGAUGAACGAGAGGCUUGAAAAAGUUGAGGAUUCCUUGUCGAGUCUUAAGGAGGCCACCUCCCCUGAAACCAUUGAUGCUAUUAAGGAUCUUCAGGGUGUUGCCGAGCAACAGAGGCCAGACCUGGACUCAGCCCGAGAGUCUCUGAGUAUCUUAAGCAGGUCCCAUUCCUCCCCGGAACUCUCUCAACUCGCCGCCGACCUGACGGCCGUCGCCCAGCGCACCGAGGAGGCCGUCCAGCGUUGCGCCAAGGCCAGGAGCGACCUGCAGGACGUGCUACACCUCCAUUUGAACCAGCUUUUCCAAGAAUUCCAUUCCUGGCUCUCGGGUUUGAAGUCGGAGUUGAAAGAAUGCGCCAAUCAGUCGGGAGACGUUUGCAUCCUCACGGCAAAGUUGCAAAGAUUGAAGUCGUCAAGGCAGUGGAAUUCAGCGGGCAAGGAGCGUCUCCGUCGCAUUUGUGAGGAGGCAGAAAGGCUCCACCUCCACCUGCCAAAAGCUGCAGCAACACAGCUGCAGGAGCAUCUCUCCUCCUGCCAGAGAGAGUGGACGAGCUUCCUGGAUGAAUGUUCUCACAGCCAACGAGCCCUGGAGGAGAGGAUUCAACUCCUCAAAAGUUUUGAUGAUGCUGUAGAAGGUCUCAGAGAUUGGCUGAAGCAGAUGGGGCUCAGCCUCAACAGGGAGUCUCUUGUUGGGGCAGACAGCCAACAAGGUGCCCCUGACACCAAAGAGGAACUGGAUAGGGUAGAAAACCUCCAUAAAGAGCUUUUAACGAGACGAGACUCUAUCGAGCGUGUCAUCCAGGACGCCCAGUCCUUGUCUGAAGCAGGACGCGGGUCCGGCGAAGAGGUCCGUGUGGCAGGCCGGCUCCAGAUGGAACACCGGGCUCUGCUCAAAGCCGCAAGGGGGAGGCUGCGAGGCUGCCAAGAGAACCAGGCCUUUGGGGAGACCCUGCAGGGUUUGUGGGCCUGGUUAGAAGAGAUCCAGGAGAAGCUGGGCACGGUUGAUAGCACCAUGGGCAGCAAGGAGCAGUUGCAGAAGAGGCUCGAGACAGUGCAAGAUAUCCUACUUUUGAAAGGCGAGGGCGAGGUCAAGCUAACUAUGGCAAUUGGUAAAGGCGACAUGGCCCUGCGCAGCUCCGGCGCCGGCGGACAGGAAGUUGUGCGCUCACAGCUCCAGGAGGUGGAGGAUGCCUGGGCCACGCUGCUUGUCACGGCCAUGAGUUGCCACAGUCGUCUCGAGUGGACGGUAUCUCAGUGGACCGGAUACCUGGAAAACGCAGCCCAGCUCCGGCGCUGGAUGGAGGCCGUGGAGCGGGAGGUCCAUGCCUCCCUUGCCCCGCAGCCGGCGCCCAGGGAGAAGGCCUCGCAGCUUGAGAGACUGCGAGCCCUCCUGACCGACAUGGAAGACCACCAGCUGUCCUUAUCCAGUCUGGAAGAAAAAGCCAGAGAACUCUUCAAGAAGACCGGCGAUGCCGGUUUUAACCACUGCGCUCGGACCCAGCUGCAGGUGCACUUUGACGAGCUGGCGGCUUUGGUGGAGGAGAAAGUUCGCCUGGCACAGAGCGUGGUCCUGGAACACCAGGAAUACUUGGAGGCUGUCCGGGAGCUCACCGAUUGGCUGAUGACCGCGGGGGAGGAGCUACAGCAGUGGUCGGACACAUCUGGAGCCUCUGCCUCUCUCCAGAAGAAACUACAUGAAGUGAGGGAGCGCGUGGAGUGUCGACUCUUAGAAGGCCGCGAGCGCCUCGGCAUCGUGCGACGCACCGCCGCGUCGGCGGCGGAGCACACGGCGGCGGGGGGCUGCGAGGCCAUGGACCGGCAGCUGGGGGCGCUGUCCCAGGCGCUGGAGCAAUGGGAGGGCGGCGCUUUGAGGGCCAGAGAUGGCCUAGAGGGGGCGCUCGCCUCCGCCGCCGCCUCCGAAGAGGAGUACGAGCGCCUGACGUCUCGGCUGGAGAACGAUUCGAAAGAGCUGGACGUGCGACUCAGGGGGUGGAACCAGGAGGUGAUUCGAGCCGAGGGACUUUGCAAUGGCGAGGAAGCGGUGAUGGGGUGGCAGCUGGCUAAGGACAUAGUGGAGGGCCUGCAAAGCGUCGAGCCGAUGGCAGAGAAGUUGAAGGGGCAACUGAACGACCUGGUGCAGUACUCCAGGGACUUGGCCUCCCAGUCGGAGCGCGUCACGGCUGUCAUCAAGCAACACAACAGUCUUAGUCUCCGUGCAUCCAGGGAGUGCCAAAAUAAGGAGCGCCUGUUGGAGCAGCGCUUCCGUGCCGCCCUUCGAGACUUCCAGCAGUGGUUGGUCAACGCCAAGAUCUGCACCGCCAAAUGUUUCGACGUGCCACAGAGUGUGGCGGAGGCCUCCGCCGCCCUGCAAAGAAUACAAGAGUUCUUGAGUGACAGGGAGCACGGCCAGGCCAGACUGAGUUCAGUGGGUGCCAGCGGGGAGCUGCUCAUGGCUGUGGUGUCCAAAGAGCGGGUUGAGGCCAUCAAGGCCAAAGCGGCAAACGCCAGAGAGGACUGGAAGAGCCUGAUGAAUAACCUUCAGCUUAGGGAGGAUGCGCUCAAGAAUUUACGGUGCCAGAUGACAGAGUUCGAGGCCAGCGCCGAGCCCCUGCAGGAGUGGCUGCACAGCACCGAGGUCAGAGUUCAGGAGAGCAGCGCUCGGCUGCACGACCUCUCGGCCAAGAAACAAGAGCUCGGCAAAUUGCAGAGUGUCCUCAAAGAGAUGUCCGGUCGCGAUGCAGAACUGGGCUGCCUCAGGGAGCGAGCUCACUGUCUUUGGGAGGGUCAGGCCGCCGGCAAAGGCUUCCUCCAUCGAGUGUCCCAGUUGUCUGCUCAGUACUUGGCUCUCGGCAACUUGACCAAGGACAAGGCCUCCAGGAUAGAACGUGUGGUAGGGGAGCAUCGCCUCUUCUCUCAGGGUCUUAAAGAGCUCCAGGAAUGGGUGUGCGAGGCCCAGAGUGUCCUCGCCACCUGUACUUCCACCACCUCUGAUAAAACUAUGCUGGAGGACAGGAUGUUACAAUUGGAGGCUUUGCUCGCUGCCCGCCAAGAGCGGGAGAUCCAACUCAAAAUGCUGCUCACCAGAGGAGAAGCCGUUCAGAGAAACACGUCGGCUGAGGGUGUCCCGGUGAUCCGCAAACAGAUCCAGGACCUUAAGGACUCGUGGGACUCCUUGUUGUCUACCUCUAUCAAAUGCAAAAGCCAGCUGGAGGGCGCCUUGUCGCAGUGGACCAGCUAUCAGGAGGACGUGGGUCACUUCAUCCUCUGGAUGGACCGCGUUGAAGAAACACUGAGUUGCUCGGACAGACAGUAUUCGGAGAUGAGAGACAAAACAGCAAAUCUGGGCAAGACUAAGCUUCUGUAUGAAGAAGUGCUGAGUCACAGUUGUCCUCUGGAGACUAUAGCCUCAAAGGGGGCCAACAUGGCGGAACACGGCAGCACCCAGCAAGAAGUGAAGCAGCUCCAGAGCAGAUACAGCAACCUGCAAGAAAAGGCCAAGAGUGCAGUCAAUAAGGCCAAGGGGCUGGUUCUGAUCCACCAGGAGUAUCAGCGAGGACUUCAUGUGUUUGAAGAUUGGCUGGAGAAAGAGCAAUCCACUCUGGCCUCAUUGUCUCAUCUCGAGCGGACUGUGGAUACACUUGAGGAAACACUGAAGCAGCUUCAGAUUCUACAGGAGCGCUGCUCAGACGGCCAAUCUCUGCUGUCUUCGGUGCUAACCAGCAGGGAGCGUGUCAUCCCGUGGGGUAUACCCCAGAUCGAGGACAGAGCCCUUGACACGGCGCAGCAGGAGUGGGGGGCCUACCAGAACCACCUGGCCGAGACCCAGACGCAGCUGAACUCCUCCCUGACAAGACUGAAAGUGAUGGGCCACAAGUUUCUCACUUUGGCUCACUGGCUUGAGGAGAUGGAGAAAGGCGCUGACUUGAGGCUGCACAGGAGGUCAGACAGAACCACCAAGGAGACUCAGCUGAAGAAACUCGAGCUGUGCCUUGAAACGGUGCUGGCUCGACAAAACGAAGUGGACGGCCUCUCCUCUCUGGCCCAGCAGGCUUUGGAAGAAACGGACAUCAGUGGUCGCGUUAGCGUCACGGCAACCCACAUCACUGCACGCUACCACUCGCUGAUGCUCAGCAUACAGGAAACCAUCAAGCAAUUGGAAGAGGAGCUCAAGAGUAUACAGAAGGCGGAAAACCUUUGCGUGUCCUUCUCCGAGUGGCUCGGCACUACGAAGAAAAGCUUCACGGAAGUGAGCGAUGCUUCGGAACCUCUCGACCGAAACGCGCUGGAGAAAAAGCUGAAGAAAUUAGAGAGUCUACAAGCAGAUCUCCAUCACGGCCACAGCUUCCUGAAGUCCCUGAGGGAACGUGCCGAGGAGGCUGCCAACUUCCUGCACGAGGCCGGAGCGGAGCGCCUCGGAGUGGAGGUGGAGGCACGGCUUUCCCAGCUGGAGGAGCUGGCGGGCUGGCUGAGGACCGAGCACAGCUUCCUGGAGCGAGCUUCGCUGCUGGCUAAGGAGUUUCAGGAGCGCUAUAAGGCUCAGGCCCAGUGGCUGGUGGAGACCAAGGCUUUGCUUUGCUCGCCGCCGGAACCCAAAGCCGAGCUUUACCAACGGAGGGCGCAGCUCGCCAAGUACAAGGCUCUGCUGCAGAUGGUUCAGUCCCACGACGGCUCCGUCAGGUCAGUGGUGGAGAAAGGCGACGCUCUGCUGGCCUCUGUCCAUUACCCCUCAAUUCGAGACAAAAUGAACAAGCUGCAAAAGGACUAUACCGACCUCUGUAACAUGGCCACGGCUCAAGUGUUGCAAUUGGAGUGCCAGGUGAAGGAACAGGAAACAUAUCACAAUGAGCUUCAGGAGGCGGAGCGCUGGUUGCUACACAUGUCUAGCAGGAUGGUGACGCCCGAGCCCAGCGUGAGCCGCAGCCUGGAAGCGGCCACUCAACAACUAGCUAGGCACAAGGCCAUCAUGGAGGAGAUAGCCAGCUUUGAGGAUCGCUUGGCAGGCUUGAAGCAGCGCGGGGAGCACCUGGUGCGCGGCUGCGACGAGCGCGUGCAGAGUCGUCUGAGACAGCAGGUCCACGCGCACCAGCAAGGAACCAAAGACAGCUACUCGGCCAUCUGCAGCACGGCGCAGAGGGUAUAUCAGAGUCUGGACCACGAGCUACAGAGACACAUAAGCGUCCAAGACACCUUGCAGCAGUGCAAGACUUGGCUGAUGUCCGCCUCCCAGGAGCCAGAACCUCCUGCACUGACCCCUCUUGGCCUGGAGGAGGCACUACAACAGGUGAAGCAGGAGCGGGCUCUCCAGGAGCAGGCCAGUACUUACCUCCAACUCGUGUGCUCCACCUGCGACCUCUCACUUCUUCGAGUGCAGGAGGUCGCGACGGACAUCCAGCAGGUCAAACUCCAGAUUGAGGAGCGCAUGAUGGUCUGCGAGGAGGUUGUAGAGAGCUGGAGGGACGUCGAGGAGCACAAGACUGACCUGGAGGUGCAUCUUAGGGAGACUGAGCAGCAACUUGAGAAUCUCAUCAGGUGUCCUGCAGAGCUUGAGCCCAGAAUUGCACAGAACCAGUUGGACAAAGCUCAGGAGUUCCUCCAGCAGGUGAGGGAAAGGCAGUCGGAGGUGAGCCGCUUGAUGGAGGCCAUCGAGCAGCUAACGGAUGGACAGAUUUGCGCCGCCAUGAAGGACACCAAAAAGCUACGCAGCAUCUGGAUUGAGAUGGGCCAGCGCGCCGAGGAGUUGGAGGCGGAGCGGGGAGAGGACAUGCAGCGAAGCGGCGAGUACCAGGACAGCGUGGCUGCUGUCGAGGAGCUUUUCCAUCAAGUGUCCAGGGAGUGGGACUAUCUGGCCAGGGCCGACACUGAAAGUACAAAGGAGCACCUGGAAGCGCUGAGGAAGUUGUCUGGCGAUCUUGUGGAGCAACGUGCGACACUAGAAGAUCUCCGCGAGCAGAAACAAGCCAUCCUGCCUCGAAUAAGUUUGCUGGACAAGGAACUGGUCAAACAACAGGUGGGUCAUCUAGAGCAGCGCUGGGCCCAGCUGGAGUCUCUUCUCCAGCAGAAGAUCCAGGAGUCCUCACAAACUCUGGAGGAUCUGACGCGGGUGGAAACCCAGCUGGGAGACGCCCGCGAGUGGGUGGAAGAGCAACGGCCCUCGCUCACCUCAGCGCUGAAGACCAGCCCACCGCCUGACCUGGCUCAGAGUUUCUUAUUCGACCACCUGAGCGUGUGCGUGGAGCUGGAGGCUCGACAGCAGCUGCUUGCUCGGGCGGUGAGCGAGGCGCAGGCCGUGGCGCCCAGGCUGGGGCUCAGCGAGAGGAAAUGCCUGCAGGAGCUUGUCGAGCGAGCCCAGACUGAGGUGGAGGCGCUGGAGGCUAGGGUCACCCAAAGGAGGAAGUACCUCAGCAAGGCCUUCACGGAAAGGACGCAGUUCCUUCAGGGUCUUUGCCGAGCACUCUCGUGGGUAGAACAACAGGAGAACAAGGCCCUGAUAGAUGACCACAUUGCGCUCUUCCCGGAAGAUCUGGCAAAAGAGGCGGCGGCGUGUCGGAACAUCCAAAGUGGCCUUCGGGCCUUCCAGAGGGAGCUGGCGUCUCUCUGGGUUCAAGGUCGGGAACUGGAGAGGGACGCCACGGACAAAGAACGAGGAGAAACUAUGACGAGGCUCCAGGAGCUGCAGGCGGCCUUUGAAACGGCCCUCCAGAGAACCGGCCAGCGUGUCACAAUCUUAGAAAAGGCCUUGAUAUCCAGGAAGUACUUCCAGGUUGACCUGAACAAAACCUGCCGAUGGCUCAGGCGAGCAGAAGCCGUCACCUUCCCUGAAAUUAACCUCGGCGACAUUGAGGACAGCUCGGAACUGCAAGAGCAUUUGUCCGCCUUUCAAAAAGUCCUGCAAGGGGCGUCGGAGAACGAGAACCUCCUUUUGAUCGUGCAGAGGAUAGGUCAGGAGAUCCUUCCCACUCUCAACGAGAUCGACCACUGCUACUUGGAUGAGCGGCUCAACGCCCUCCCUCAACAGUACAACGGCAUCCUGGCCCUGGCCAAAGAGAAAAAAGACAGGCUCCAGCAACUCAUCCUCGACAGGAAGGAAUUCAGCACUUUUUUGGAGGUGACUCGAAGCACAGUGGAAAGACUUCAGGAGCAGUUUGACAAUCUGGAGAAGAAGACUAUCAGUCCGAAAGAGGAGGAGCUUGUUUGCUUCAUGGAUGACUAUCGCAAAAUCGGGCAAAGUUUAGCGCACAUCGGCAGCGCCGUGAGAGAAGUUCGUGGUAAAAACGAGGGUUUUCUCUGUUUGGGCCACACGUACGGAGCUGAAGAAACACGUCAGCUGGUCCAGCUACACACCAAGUUGACAAGCGGAACCGAGAAGACUCUUCAACAUUUGGAUGAGGCCUUGAAAGCCUUAGCGGAACAUAACAAACUACUGAGAAGUUUCGACCAGCAACUUACGUCCACCAAAGACAAUCUGAUUGCGCUCAAGUCGGACAAAAAAAUGAAUGUCAUUGAUAAAAUUGCAUCUCUUUAUGCCUUACUCAAAUGUCUGGACGGUUUUUCCUCCCAGGCCAAAGAACGGAGCCAACAAAUCGAAGUUCUCGGCUUGAGGUUUGACUCCGCCUCCUUGCGGGAAAUGACGGCCCGGCGUGAAUCGCUACAAUCUUUACGCUCAGAUGUGAAACGCUGCGUGGAAGAAAGCCAAAAAGACGUCACACAAUCCGAAGCCUUCGACAAGGAAUUGGAAAAGAUGUCCAAAUGGCUGCACGCUGUUAGAGACGCUCUGAGGGAACCGUUGAGCGAAACCAAAGUUGAGGAGGUGCUGGAGAAAGUGCGGAAAGUGAGAAUCAUGGAAGAAGAAGCGAGUAGUAAACUGAGAAUAAUGGAGGCCUUGUUUAAUCGAGAGGAACAAAGGAUUGGCGGUAGGAAGGAAAAUAUUCCGGUCCAUGUAAAGGAGAAAUUUGAGGAGCUGAGGACACUAGGAGCUGAAGUGCAAAAUGAAAUUGUCAACAAACAGGCGACACUGGAUCAAGCUCUCAGUCUACUCCGGCGGCAUCACUCAUCACUGCAGUCGGUGCAGAAAUGUCUAGAUCGCGCAGACGAUUUCCUCCAGCAUGUGAGCGGGGGCGUGGAACUGGAGCACCACGCCAACUGGACACUCAACCUGGACCAAAUCGACAACCAGGAUAAGAACUUGGCGGCUGUCUUAGAGGAGAUGAUGACUUGGGAGCCGCUUGCGGGCACCCGGCUGAUGAAGGAACUCGGACGAGAAGUUGAAGCCGCUCGAUUGAGGAGCGCCCGAGUCAGACAGCAGAUGGAGGCCUGCAGAGAAGUUCAUGAAAGAUGUGCGUUUCUCUGGGCCUCAUUCCAACACGAGAGAGAGAGGCUUGUCGAACAGAUGAACGACUCCGAGAACAAGGCGGCCGCCUUUGCCACGGCGAAAGCUGACAGUCUCCAGCAGGCGGAAGACAAGUGUGGUAAAUACAAGUCUCUGGUAACUCAGGUCGACAUACAAGAGUUAGCCCUCAACGCUCUGAAGGAGAACGCGACCGAGUUAGAGCGGCUCCUCGCCAAGUCCGACGCAACCGUUAUCACUCGAGUGCUCUCGUCGCUAUGGCAACGCUGGAGUAGGCUUCGCGGUGUGGCAAGGACCCAAGAGAGGGCGCUGGAGGACACUGCGCAGGAAUGGAGAAACUUCACAGAGAAGAUGGAUAAAGUAGAAUCGGUCUCGACGGACCUUCACAGUCGCAUCCCAGACAGCACCGUGGAGAAGGCGGCCACCAGGGCGGCGCUCCAGACCCUGCUGGAGUACCAUGACUCCUUUGUACUGGAGGUGGAGAAGGAGCAGUCUAUCCUGGCUCUGCUGAGGCGGCAUAUCCACAGCCUCAGAGGAGAUGAGGAGGAGGAAGAAGAGUUGCAGAGCAAGAUGGAGAAUGGCCAGCAGGAAACGCAAUGCUUGCAAGAGAUCAAGCGCAUGCGUGAAGAGUAUGACAGCCUUGUUUCUCAGGUGAGGGCCAGCAGGGUGCAAGUGCAACAGGAGUUGCGAGAAAGAGAGGAGGUGGAGAGAGAGCUGAGCUUAGUCAAAGGUUGGAUUCAAGACACCCGCGGCUUGCUCCUGAGUCCCACCGCUGACCUCGACACGCUGUUGCAAGAGCUGGAGAGCGCCCACGACGGGGUCAUCAGCCGACGUCAGAGCGUGGAGCGCAUGACCGAGAUGCAGCAGUCCAAGUACCACGAUCUGCAGGCGGCUUUGCCGUCGGAGCUCAGCAUGCAGCUUGCUGAGGUGACCCUGGCUCUGGGCUCGGCCGAAGACCAGGUCCAAGCCAGAGAACGCGAGGUGCACCAGACGCGGGACGUGAAGGAGGACUUCAGCUGCAGACUGAAGGACAUCGAGAGCAAACUGAAGAGCAUCACGUUGAGAUUUGAAAUCAAGGGGCCCAGUCUGGAGGAGGCUAAAGAGGAGAACAGGAUACUGCGUGAGGAGUGUGAGUGCUGCGCUCACACCCUUGCCGAGCUGGCGGCGGCCGUGCAGGAAUUUGGCGAGCAGAACCCCCUGCUGUGCAAGCAGCUAGGCGACGUUGUGGCCCAAAUGGCCAAAGCGCAGCGCCGCGCCACGCAGCAGGUCCAGGACAGGAGCAAUAGACUUAAAAAGGCAGAGAAGCAAAUGGCAGAAUAUCAAAGCGUGAAGGAAUUUAUUUUGAGCUGGUCCGAAAAAGCGGAGACUCUGGUCUGCGGUAACAUCGUCUGGAGUCCACUAUCACAACUACAAGAGCAAAUCCGAGCAUAUCAGCUGUUGCUGAGAGAGUGUCGAGGUCUCCAUGGCGACCUGGAGGCCCUGGCGGAGUGGGAGGUGCAGUUGGGGGAUUUGCUGGCGACCAAAGGGUGGAGUCACCAGGUGAAGCACCUCAGCAGACGCACGGAGGAGCUGCAGCUGGUGGUUAAGACUCGCCUGCAGAGUCUGCAGGAUGCUGUUAAGGACAUAUCGCAUUUGGAGGCUGAGGUGAAGAGUCUCCACGCCGCAGUGGACCAAGUCCAAGUCACCCUGGCCUCCCCCGAUCUCAACAGGCUCAGUCUGAGAGAGCAACUCACACAGAGACAACGUUUGCUGGCCGAGAUGGACGGCUUCAAGCGGCAGGUGGCGGCCGUGCAGAGGUGUCAGAGUGCCCUCCGGCUUCCGGAGGAGGUGGUGGCCGGUCUGGCUCUCUGCCGCACAGCGCAAAGCUUGCAGCAGGAAACCAGCCAACUGCAGCACACCACCAUCCAGCAGUGUAACAUCCUGCAGGAGGCCGUGGUGCAGUAUGAGCAGUAUGAGCUGGAGGUGAAGAAGCUGCAGAGGUUAAUAGAAGAAGCCCACCGUAUCGUUCAAGACCGGCCUGUCUGCACCAGCAACAUUCAGGAACUUCAGGCACAGAUCCACCACCAUGAGGAGUUGGCCCAGAAGAUCCGAGGCUACCAGGAGCAGAUCGCCUCGCUCCAUUCCAAGUGCAAGAUGCUGACGGUGAAGGCCAAGCACGCCACCAUGCUGCUGACGGUCAGCGAGGCCGACGGCCUCUCGGACGAGCUGAGCGACGACGACAUGCACGGCGCCGGAGUAGCCGGCGACAAGCAGCUUCCUGCGCACCCCUCGGUCGUCAUGAUGACGGCAGGCCGCUGCCACACGCUCCUCUCCCCCGUGACCGAGGAGUCGGGGGAGGAGGGCACCAACAGCGAGGUCUCCUCUCCCCCUGCCUGCCGCUCCCCCUCCCCUGGGGCUUACGCUGAUGCUCCCCUUAACCAGCAGGGUCGAGGUGAUCUGAGUCGAGCCGCCCUCCAGGAGCUCUACGACCCGUCCGUGGAGACCAGCACGGCCAACCUGGACGACCUGCAGAGAUCUUGGGAAACGCUCAAGAACGUGAUAAGCGAGAAGCAAAAGACUCUGUAUGAAGCUUUGGAGCGACAGCAGCACUACCAGGAGUCUCUGCAGUCCAUUUCCACCAAGAUGGAGUCCAUUGAGGCGUCGUUGGGUGAAGGCUUGGAGCCAAGCAAGAGCCCCGAGAGCCAGAUGGCGACACAUCAGGCUCUGAUGGACGAGAUCAUGAUGCUGCAAGAAGAGAUCGGCGAGCUGCAGACGUGCUUCUCGGAGGAGCUGUUGGACGGCGACGGCGAUGGCGAGCCCGCCGACCAGCUGGCUUUGCAAUCCACCCUCACCGUGCUGGGAGAGAGGAUGGCCACCAUCAGGAUGAAGGCUUCCGGGAAACGCCAACUGCUGGAGGAGAAGCUCAGUGAGCAGCUCGAGGAGCAGCGUCAGGAGCAGGCGCUUCAGCGCUACCACAGCGAGGCAGAGGAGCUGGACCACUGGCUGCUCAGCACCCGCGCCACCCUCAGCACGGCGCUUCACCUCCAAAACGAAGACCUCGACAUGGAGGAGCAGCUCAUUGACUGCCAGAACAUGCUGUUGGAAAUUGAGCAGAAAGUGUCGUUUCUGUCCGAGCUGUCGGUGCACAGCGAGAGCUUGCUACUGGAGGGCCGGGCCGAGACCAAGAGCGAGGCGGAGCAGCUCACCUUCAAACUGCACUCAUUGAAAGACAGCCUCAUGGAGCUCCAGCAGAUGUUGCAGGACAAGCAGAUGGACAUACAGGGUUCAUUGCAGGAACCGGAUGACAGCGAGCCGGACUUGUCGCUCUCGCAGAGCCCCAGCGUGCAGGAUUGGCUCUCCCAGGCUCGCUCAUCGCGCACUCAGCAGCAUCACGACAACCUUCUCAGACAAAGGGAGCUGAAGGAGUAUGUUGAAGAGCAGAGGAGGUUGCUGAAGUCAGUAGCCAGUGUUGGGGAAGAUUUACUCAGUCAACAGAUCACAACAAAUGGGGACAGCAGUGAGGUGUCAUCUCUUCCUGUGGGAGUUUUGCUGGAGACCGAGAGCGUGUCUCAAGGGGACCACUUGAGACGUUGGGAGAACCUGAAUAAAGAUCAGAGCACUAAGCUGCAGCUCUCGCUCAACACACUGGAACAGGAUCAGUUCAGCCCGAUCAUCCACCGUUCCCGUCUGACCAGUCCCGGUAUGGUCUUCCGAGGCGAGUCCGGCAGCCAGGACGCUGGCUCGCCGACAGCUUUAUUUGAGGCCUGUGGCCAAGCUCUAGAAAGAAUCACCGAAGAGGCGGAAAGCGGCGACAAGACGACAUCGCUCUCCUCAGGUGUGACGGCGCUCCAACAGAAUCUGUACGCAGCAGUGUCGGCCGCCUCCACCUGGUUGGACGCCGCCGAGAGCGAGAUGCUCUCGGGCCCCGUGCUGCUAUCUGAAGACACGGAGACGCAGCUAACACAUUUCGAGAGCACCAAUAAAGAUCUGAAGGAGAUGAGCAGAGAGGUGAACCAGUGUAGAGAUCUUCUGGGUGGAGGUGCAGGAAGGGUGUGUGGAGGUGAGGAGCAAGCCUUGAUGGAGGACACCCUGGAAGGUCUCCAAGAGAGGAUGGGCCUGCUGGAGUCCACCCUUGAACAGAAAUGCGACACCAUGAGGGACAGGCUCCAAGAGCACGUCAACUUCCAGAACGAACUCCGAAUGCUGUUCACAGCUUUGAGCGAGAGUAAACACCUGCUGUUACAGAAAAUGGCCGCCACAGUGGAUAGGCCCGCAGCCAAGCAGAUCGAGACAUUCUCAGAGGUGGAGGACAGCCUAAGGGAGUUUGAGCAAAGAGUGACCGAGCUGAAGACCAAAGCCGAAGGGGUCCAAUCUGACCGACUCUCCCACCAGGAGCUCCUCAAACUACACGACGCGUACGAAGAGCUUCUGCUGCUGGUGGGCUCCAGAGGCAGCGGCCUGAAGCGAGCCCUUGCCCUCAAGGCUCAGUACGAGGCGGCGCUCCGAGACCUCACGGACCUGGUGGACACGGCCCAGGACAAGAUGGCCGCCGACCAGAAAAUGACAGUCGCCUCGGUCACUGAGGUCCAAAUGCUAUUGGACAAACACAAAGAGUUCUUCCAGAGCCUUGAAUGCCACAUGAUCCUCACUCAGACCUUCUACAGCAAAGUGUCUGGAUUAGUAGCACCGCGGGAAAGCCAGGCCCUAGAGGAGACCAUGUCUUUAGCUCACGGUGUCCUCAAACAGGCCCACAGACGGGGAGUGGAGCUGGAGGGCAUUCUGGAGUCAUGGAGCAGGUUUGUAGAAGACUACCAGGCUCUGUGUAGACAGCUGGAAAUUGUCGAGUGCAGCAUCCCCACGGUGGGCCUGGUGGAGGAGACCGAGGAGAGACUUUUGGAAAGGAUCACUCUCUACCAGCGUCUGAAGGCCAGUCUUGCCGAGCAUCAGCCCCAACUGUAUCAGGUCCUGGAGGAGGGCAAGAGGCUUCUUCUGUCUGUUAGCUGUUCAGACUUGGAGAACCAGUUGACUCAGCUGGGAGAACACUGGCUCUCAUCAACCACCAAAGUCAACAAAGAGCUGCACCGUUUCGACUCCACCCUCAAGCACUGGAGCAGGUACAAAAGGGAGUCUGGAGAGUUGAGCCACUGGUUGCAGUUGGCUCUAGACCGACUUGAGUUUUGGACAACGCAGUCUGUCACUGUGCCUCAGGAGCUGGAGACCGUCAGGGAUCACCUCUGUGCCUUCCUGGAGUUUUCCAAAGAGGUGGAUGCCAAGUCAUCUUUGCGUUCCUCCGUCCUGAGCACCGGCAACCAGCUCCUGAGAUUGAAGCGGGUGGACACGGCAAGUCUGAGGACAGCCCUGGGCCACGUCGACACGCGGUGGGCUGAGCUUCUCACUCGCAUUCCCGUCGUCCAAGAGAAGCUCCAUCAGCUGCAGAUGGAGAAGCUGGCGUCCCGACACGCCAUUGCCGAGCUCAUCAGCUGGAUCACGCUUAUGGAGAACAUCAUUAACGAAGACCAGGGUCAAAUCGCUGGAGCUGUGGGCUCAGAGGUGGUCCAGAUCUUCUUGCAAAAGUACAAGGGGUUCCGCAUCGACCUGACCUGCAAACAGCUGACGGUGGACUUUGUCAAUCAGUCGGUGCUGCAGAUCAGCAGUCAGGACGUGGAGGGAAAGCGCUGCGAGAAAACCGACUUUGCUGAGCGCCUCGGUGCUAUGAACAGACGAUGGCAGGUCCUCCAAGGUCUCAUCACUGAAAAGAUUCAGCAUUUAGAAGGACUUUUGGAAAGCUGGCUAGAGCAUGAGAAUGGAGUACAGGCCUUAAAAACAUGGCUGACACUCCAAGAAGAGAAACUGAAAAAGCGACACAGGAUAGAAGAUGUUGCAUCGGUGCAGAACGCACUGAAAGAUUGUCAGGAGUUAGAGGAACUUGUGAAGGAGAAAGAGAAGGAUCUAGAGAAGGCUGAGGAACGUGGCAAAGCUCUCAUUCGGGAUAAGGAAAAAGAAGCCUGCGCUGGUGUCACAGAGACCCUCAAAGGACUCAACCAAUCCUGGGCUCAUUUGAAGCACAUGAUAAGUCAGAUGAAGGUGAGCCUGCGCUCAGUGCUGGAAGAAUGGACCUUAUACAGGCGUGUUGCAGAGGAGAUCGAUGGGCACCUGAUGGAGGGCAGGUACUGUGUGUCCCGGCUGCCCCUCAUAAGUGGCUCCCAGGAGGCUGUGCAGCAGCAGGUGGAGAGUCUGGAGAACCUGCAAGAGGAGAUGGACAAGCAGGAGAGCAGUCUACUCAAGUUUGGAUCUGUAACCCAACAGCUCCUCACCGAAUGCCACCCGUGUGUGGCGGAAACACUCAACAGAGCAAUGCGGGAUGUCAACAGGAGGUGGAACAAUCUAUUGGCGCAGAUCUCGGAGCAGCUGAGGAGCAGUAAGGCUUUGCUGGGGCUGUGGCAGAAAUACACUGAAUUAUUCGCCAUGUGUACAAAAGCGGUGGAGAGGCAGGAGGAGCGUGUCGACCGCCUGCUCAAGAGCGCCACCGACAGGGACAUCACAGAUGAGGAGAGCAGCGCCUGGAUCAAGGACUGCGACGAAUGUCUUGGUGAGCAGGAAUUGGUGAAACAUUCCCUGCAGCAGCUGGAAACAUUGGGAGAGCAGCUGAAGAGCCGAGUGGACGUCUACUCGUUUGCGGCUCUGCAUUCCGACCACAUGUCCCUGACUUAUCGCUUAUCGGCGCUGCCGCACUCGCUACGCAGGCAGCAGGAGGCGCUGCAGUGUGGAAGUCGAGCUUGCGAGGGCUUCAGGGACCAAUUGGAUGGGCUCGUUCAAACGGACGCCGAAGCUGCGCAAGUGUUGAAGGAGUCGGAGCAGCUCGGCUCGCCGGCACUGAGUGACGUUCAAACGCGGAUGGACAAACUGCGGGCUCCCUUGUCCAAGCUGAGCCGUCUGUCUCCAGACCUGGAGCGUGUCAAUAUGCUCAUGUACAAACUUCCGGUUAGCGAUGGAGACUUGAAGCGUGUACAGAGGCUGAACCGAGCGUGGGCGUCUCACUCCGCUCUUCUCAGCGAGAGGUUCAGUAAACUGCAGGCGGCGCUGCUCCUGCACCAGACAUUCCUACAGAAGUGCGAAGCCUGGAUGGACUUCCUGUCUGAGGCGGAGCACAAACUGGCCGCCGAAGUAUCGGGCAACUACCAAAGUCUGCUGGAGCAGCAGCAAGAGCAUGAGUUGUUCCAGGCUGAGAUGUUCAGCCGGCAGCAGAUUCUUUACUCCAUUAUCAGCGAUGGGCAUAAUAUGCUGGACCAAGGACAAGUGGCUGAUGGAGAUGACUUCAGUGUGAAUCUGGCCUUGCUGGCCAAUCAGUGGCAGGGCGUGGUGAGGCGCGCCCAGCAGCGCAGGGGCAUCAUCGACAGUUUGCUCCAUCAGUGGCACAGCUACCAGGAGAUGUUGGAAAAGCUGCUGCGAUGGCUUCAGGAUGUGUCGCGCGAGCUGGACGCACGUCACCCCGUAGGGGAAACCAUCGCUCUGCAGCAGGCCAGGAACCUGCUGGAUCAGAUACAACUGCGCGAGCGCGUACUCAAGAGACAGCAGGGUGGCUACAUCUUGACGGUGGAGGCCGGCAGGAGCUUACUGCUGUCGGCCGACGGGCAGGCAGAGUCCACGCUGCAGACGGAGCUGAUGGAGGUACAGGACAGGUGGAGGCACGCACACCAACGCUUGGACCAGCAGAGGAAGGAGCUGCACGCUCUGCUCAAGAAUUGGGAGCGAUGCGAGGAAGGCAUCGACGCCUCGCUGGAGAAGCUGAGGGCCUUCAAGAGGAAGCUGUCGACGCCGCUGCCAGACCAUCACGACGAGUUGCACGCUGAGCAGAUGAGAUGCAAGGAGCUAGAGAACAGGGUCGAGGGUUGGAAUGAUGACCUGACUUCCCUGUCCCUCCUGAGAGACGCCUUGGUGGGCGUGGUCAGCAGUGAUGACAUCACGCUACUCCAGGAGCGUCUCCAGCUUCUCCAGGGCCAGUGGGAGGAAGUGUGCCACCAGGUUUCCCUGCGCAGGCAGCAAGUAAGCGAGAAGCUGAACGAGUGGGCUGUGUUCAAUGAGAAGAACAAGGAGCUGUGCGAGUGGCUCACGCAGAUGGAGAGCAAAGUCUCUCAAAACGGAGACAUCAGCAUCGAGGAGAUGAUCGAAAAGCUGUGCAAGGACUACCAGGAAGAAAUUUGCGUGGCCCAGGAGAACAAGCAGCAGCUGCAGCUCACGGGAAAACGCUUGGCCCGGGCCAGCCAGGACAGCAAGGCAGCUGACAUACAACACAAGCUCAAUAAAGUCAGCGAGCGCUGGACACACCUCCUCGACCUCAUUGCAGCCAGGUUGAAGAAGUUGCGGGAGACCCUAGUGGCCGUGCAGCAUUUGGAGAAAAACAUGAGCAGCCUGCGCGCUUGGCUGGCUCACAUCGAGUCCGAGCUUUCCAGGCCCAUUGUCUACGACACGUGUGAUGAGCAGGAGAUCCACAGGAAGCUCAACCAGCAGCAGGAGCUGCAGAAGGACAUCGAGAAGCACAGCACGGGCGUGGCGUCUGUGUUGAACCUGUGCGAGGUACUGCUUCACGACUGUGACGCCUGCUCCACUGAGACCGAGUGCGAUUCCAUCCAGCAAGCCACCAGGGGCUUGGACCGACGCUGGAGGAACAUCUGCGCCAUGUCCAUGGAGAGGAGGCUCAAGAUUGAGGAGACUUGGAGGUUGUGGCAUAAGUUUUUGGAUGACUACUCCCGCUUUGAGGAGUGGUUGAAGACUUCGGAGAGAACAUCGGCUACGCCCAAUUCUUCUGGAGUCCUCUAUACUGUUGCCAAAGAGGAACUCAAGAAGUUUGAGGCUUUCCAACGGCAAGUGCAGGAGUGCUUGACCCAGCUGGAGCUGAUCAACAAGCAGUACCGCCGCCUGGCCCGUGAGAACCGAACCGACAUGUCCUGCCGUCUCAGGGAGAUGAUGCAUGAUGGGAACAAGAGGUGGGACAACCUGCAAAAGAGGGUGGCCGCCAUCCUACGCCGUCUCAAGCACUUCAUCAACCAGCGUGAGGAGUUUGAGACGGCUCGAGACAGCAUCCUGGUGUGGUUGACCGAGAUGGACCUACAGCUCACCAACAUUGAGCACUUCUCCGAGUGCGAUGUACAAGCCAAGAUUAAACAACUCAAGGCAUUCCAGCAGGAGAUCCAUUUGAACACGGGCAAGAUCGAGUUGGUGUUCAAGCAGGGCGACGCUCUGAUCAAGAAGAGCGAACCUCUGGAUGCCGCUGUGAUCGAAGAAGAGCUAGAGGAGCUGCAGAGGUACUACCAGGAAGUCUUUGGACGCGUCAACAGAUACUACAAGAAGCUUACGCGUUUGCCCCUGGUGGACGACGAGCUGGAUGGUUCCGACACGGAGGACGGCGCCGACUUAUGCGAGCUGCAGUGGUGCGACUCCACGCCUCCUCGCACCUCCAGUCGCCAGACCUCAGCGCCGGCCACCCUCAUUCGGGCGGAGCGCUCGGGCCGGGACACUCCGGCCAGCGUGGACUCAAUCCCAUUGGAGUGGGACCACGAUUACGACCUGAGCCGGGGUCUGGAGAGCCCGGGGGGGCGCAACCAAAGUGGAAUGAGCCAAGGGCACGAGGACGAGGAGUAUCUGAGGACGGAUACUACAGUACUGUCAGACGUAGUUAUUCCCGAGAGUCCCGAGGCCUAUAUAAAACUGACUGAGAACACAUUGAAAUCAUCUUCCGGCGACCCAGGACAACUGGAGGCCAGCCUCAGACAGCUGGACCAGGCUCUGGACGCAUCACGCUACCAGCUGCAGGCCAGAGAGGACGCCGCCAGCCGCUCAAGCCCCGACGCUGACUCCACAUACAUGGGCUAUAUGCGUCUAAUGGGAGAGUGUCGCGGCAGCAUAGACGCGGUGAAGAGAGCCGAGGGAGAGCUCACUGAGGAUGAAGAUGAAAUGCCGGGACUCACCAACCUGACCAGCACUGACAGUCAGAAUGCAGGUGUGAUUGAGCGCUGGGAGCUGCUUGAGGCUCAGACUUUGAGUGACAAGCACAAGCAGAACCUCCAGCAGUGGCAGCAGCUCAUCUCAGACCUGCAGACCAUGCGGGCGUGGCUGGGUCGCUGUGAGGCCGAACUGGGCCAGCUGCGAGGCCUGGAGCUUGGCACGGAUAUCCAUGCCAUUCAGCAGAGGAUCAAGAAGCUCAGGGAGCUUCAGAAGGGGAUGGACAGCCACAAGUCGGAGGUCCUAUCCGUCAACUUGAGCAGCGCCGGCUUCCUUCAGUUGGAACCUGACUCUGAGGAGGCUUGGGAGCUGCGGGACGCUCUGAAGGAGAUGAACGCGCACUGGGAUCGCCUCGGCACGUCGCUGGAGGAGUGGAGGGAGGAGCUGCAGAGAGCGCUCAUGCAGUGCCAGGAGUUCCACGAGAUGAGUCACGGUUUGCUACUGUGGUUGGAGAACAUCGACCGCAGGAGAAACGAGGUGGUGCCCAUCCCUCCCAACCAAGACUGGCAAACGCUGCGAGCUCAUCACAGGACACUCAAGCAAAUCAAGCGCGAGCUGCUGGACUCGCAGCAGAAGGUAUCGUCCCUCCGGGAGCUGUCGGCUCAGCUGCUGGUCAGCACGGCGGCCGCUGCGGCGCCGCUCCACCGCUCUUCGGGCGGAGAGUGUCUGGAGGCGCAGGAGAAGGUGCACGUGAUCUGGAACAGGCUGCGUCUGCUCCUGCGUCAGGUGGAUGCCGACCUGGACGGGCUGCAGAAGCAAAUGGAGCGUCAGAGUCCGCAACAGGAAUUCUCACCACUGUCUGUCGGCAAAUCAGGCAUCGCCGCUGUCUCUCUGGCAGCCCCGGUUCUUUCACCUGUGCCUCGAGGCAAAAGUAGUCAGGCCCAACCCGGACCCCCCAAGAGCAGCCCGCGCCACAGCCGCAGGAGGUCACCCACCGGCGCCGCUGGCUGCGGUUCCUCCCGUUCUGACAUUUCGAACAGUGUCUCAUCGGCGUCCUCCCCCUCCUCCAAGGAGCCGUCCUUCAUGCAGAGGGUCCUGCGGGCAGCUUUGCCCGUGCAUCUGCUGCUCCUGCUCCUCAUCGCCCUGGCCUGCAUGGUGCCCAUGAGCCAGGAGGACUACAGUUGUCACCACGCCAACAACUUUGCCCGUUCCUUUCAUCCUAUGCUUCGCUAUACUAAUGGACCUCCACCCAUAUAAGCUGCCUUUUUUUCUCUCAUCGCUUUGCCAAGGACUCCUGCAAAUGUGCCCUUUCACCCUAUGCCCUACACCAUCAUUAUUACGACCAGGACGUGAGACCAAAAUGUCACUGGCCCUUUAAGAAGUACUAAUGAACCAUCAUGAAAUAUUUAUUUUGUUAAAUGUAUGUGUACAUAUAUAUGAAGGUUGUUUUUUUGUUUCCUAAUGAAGAACAAAGCACUAUUUAUAUACACUCAAUGGGAGCCAAAGUCGUCUACUAUUCCCAGUGCUGCUAUUAUUUAUGGUCAAUCAGCUAUAAAUAUUAUUAAUGAAGUGUGUAAACAUGUUAGACCUUUAAUAACAGCACAGAAAAAAAGCCACAUAUAAAUCAAAUAAAUAAAAACUUGACAGUAAGUUUAUUGACGUUCACAGAGUAAAAUAAAACGUAAAUAAAAACCACAAUUGUGAUACUUCUGGGGUGAAAAUACCCGGAAGUGAUUAGCUUCCGGGGAUAAACACCCCGGAUGUCAUGACAGCUGUCAUAAUAGCUAACCCGGGACAUUUGAAGCAACGUCGUCCAGUUAGCUAAUAACGUGUAAAUUGUUCUUGAGUGCUAGAUUUGCAAUUUGAUUCGUUUUGCAACACUUUAUUGUCGUUCUAAUUACAUUUUGGGCGCCUGCGCACUGGCUGUUUGAAAGGUACUGCACUGACUAAUUGAAAGACAUUUUUGAGCCGAAUCGGCUAACUUGUCCCUGCCAAAUGCCGAGGUGUAUUAUUUUAGGAGCUAAUGUGAUAAAGUACACGAAUUUGGAAAAUAAUUUGUCUAAAAUAAUUCUCACAUUGGUUUUGUUUUUGUUUUUUAAAUCAUCUGUUUAUGCAUGUUCUUGAAAGUCCCCGAAGCCAAACAAUCACUGGUUGUGAAGCUAAUAAUAAUAAUGAUAAUGUGCUUUUAUUCUUGUCAUGAUGAUAUUAUUCCUGAGUAAUCAGGAUAAAACAGCAAUGUUAAAUGUAUAUAUUUAUGAAUAAUGUUAUUUAUGUUUGUACAGUUUGCUAAUACUGAAUACUCUUUGCAAAUAAAAACUGAAAUAUUAA